AUGACCUGGCCCAACCACACAGAUGUGGACUUCCCUUCAUCCUUCUUCUUGAUGGGGAUCCCAGGACUGGAGUCUGCUUACUUCUUGCUGGCUUUCCCCUUCUGUGUGACCUACAUAGUAGCCCUUGCAGGGAAUGGGAUAAUAUUCCUUGCCAUCCAGACUGAGGGCAGUCUCCAUCAGCCCAUGUACAUGCUCCUAGCCAUGCUGUCCAUAGUGGACAUGGGCCUGUCCAGCUCCACCAUCCCCAAGAUACUAGCCAUCUUCUGGCUAGGUGCCCAUGACAUUGCCUUCUGUGCUUGCUUGACCCAGAUGUUCUUCAUCCAUGCCUUCACCGCCCUGGAAUCUGGUCUUCUCCUUGUCAUGGCCUUUGAUCGCUAUGUGGCUGUGUGUGACCCACUGCGAUACAUGACUAUCCUCACUGGCUUCACUGUCGCCAAACUGGGUUUGGCCAUUGUUACUCGGGCACUGGCUCUCCUCGUCCCAUUAGUUCUACUGGUGAUGCACCUCCACUUUUGCCGAACAUGGGUAAUCGUCCACUCAUAUUGUGAGCACAUGGCUGUGGUCAAGUUGGCCUGUGGGGAUACCAGACUCAACAGUGCUUACGGCUUGGUGGUAGUUGCCACAGUGAUCGGGUUUGACAUAGUGUUUAUUGCCUUGUCCUAUGUCUUCAUUCUGGGGACAGUCUUCCGGCUCCCAUCAAGGAAUGCCCGUUGGAAGACCCUUGGGACUUGCAGUGCCCACAUUUGUGUAAUCCUGUUGUUCUAUACCCCAGCUGUCUUCUCCUUCCUCACCCACCGCUUUGGCCAUGGUGUGGCUCCAUAUAUCCAUGUUCUCCUAGCCAACCUCUACCUCUUAGUCCCCCCAGCGCUGAAUCCCAUUGUGUACGGCUGGAGGACAAAGCCCAUCAGACGAAAAGUCCUCAGAGUUUUUCAGCUUCGCAAGAUGUGA